CAAUAUUUAGCAUAAUAUAAAUACAGAGAGGCAUUCAUUUUUAGGGUUUCAGCCGCUGCCUUUGAAUUCUAGAGUGUUCUCCACUUCUUCCAAAAUUCUACCCUAAUCUCAUUACAGAUCCGCCGUUCUCACUUUCCAGAUUCAACGCUCCAAACAUUCUCCACAAGCCACGGCUGCCGAUGCUCUCCCUCUUCAUCUCUCUGACUCUCUCCCUCUGCCUCACCCUCUAUUUCUUAAUCCCAUCUCCCUCGACCUAUCUGAUUUCGCGACACAACGGCGGUAAAGCCCUACAUCCCCAAUCCACCCACUCCGCUCUCACAUCUAGGCACUGCGUCGCUCCACGCGGCGUCGCCUCCUUCCUCGCCGACAACGAAUGCUCCGCCGCAUCCUUCUGCAUAGCCCGUAUCCAGCCGCCGCCGUCCGGGUUUCAAACGACGGCUCCAGAUCUCGGCUUCUUCCCUAAUCCAAGAGAUAACCACUUCCAUGCUCUAUUGAUAGAUACAGAAAAUUCAGAAAAAUAUCAGCCUCUUCAUGAUUUUCAAAUUUAUUCACCCUUCAACGAGCUUCGAUUCGUUGACACUAUGCCCAUCAAAUGGAUUUUGCACUGGCAGCCCAACCCGGGCACGACCGUGAACACCCAAAUCCUCUCAGAAGUGUCUCAGUGCGCUGAGAGCAUCAAUGGCGUUAAAGAAGGGCGCUGGAAAACCACUCUCAGUUUCUACAAAGCCAUGGUUAGAGAACAAGCUAUUGCGAAUGACUUUCCUCGUGAUUUUGUGGGGAUUUCGCUUGCGGAGCAGCCCGGCAAAUAUUUCUUAGUAAUUAGAGGGCAGCGUCUUGUAGUGGAGGCGGAGUCGAGUAUUCAGAUGAUAAUGGAGAAACUGCAGUCUUAUAAAACACGAGUUGCUCUUAAUUUUGAGGGAAACCAAUAUCAACUUGGCGACUUUCAGUUGCGAGUAGGGAAGGUUGUCCCAAUGAACUCGGAGAAUUUGAGGGGCAUUGUUAUGGAGAUGGAGUAUGUACCGAUUUCAUCAUGGGAGAAAUCACGCGAAAUCUUGGGCGACUUCUUUGAACUUUGGCAGGAAGCCCUCUCAAAAAGAUCGUUACCUGGUCAUUUUGUACACAACGAACCAAACUUUGCAGAAUACGGCCUCCCGGAUCAGUACGGGAUGCAGCACACAGCUAUCCAGUAUGCCAAUAUCACUGCUCAAAUUGUAGCAACUUCUCAGUCAGUACAGGCCCCUAGAAACUAGAUUUCCAAACAUUCACCAUUUUCCAUGUUUACUCUAUAUUUGCAACUCCUCAAUUAGUGGCUAUGUGAAAUUCAAUUGAUAAUACACUUCUCCUUCGAUUAA